CUUUCCCUUCCCCCGUUCUUCGCCCCGUUGUGUCGAUAGAUCCGAGGUUCUAGGUCGUUCCCUUCCCCCGUUCGUCGCCCCGUUGUGCCGAUAGAUCCGAGGUUCUAGGUCGUUCCCUUCCCCGUUCGUAGCCCCGUUGUGCCGAUAGAUCCGAGGUUCUAGGUCGUUCCCUUCCCCGUUCGUAGCCCCGUUGUGUCGAUAGAUCCGAGGUUCUAGGUCGUUCCCUUCCCCGUUCGUCGCCCCGUGGUGUCGAUAGAUCCGAGGUUAUAGGUCUUUCCAUUACCCCGUUCGUCGCCCUGACCUAACUUCCAUGUGUCUGCUGGUCUGUUCGUCCGUUCAGGACAACCAGGGCGAAAUGAUUGUUGAGAUCUGUUAGUUAGAGUUCCUGUUUAGCUUCUGUGAUUUUUUGUAUGAGACCUGCAAUUUGUUCUCAGCAUCAUCGUUAGACAGAUCGUCAUGUUGAACUCCUCUGAAGAUAUUGCAUCCUUUUCGUUUUGUCAAAUCGUCUGAUUGAUUUCAUUGGUCUGGGAUCUAGUUCUGGCAGGUAUGUCCAGGAGGAAGCAGCUGAGGCGGGGGGAUAGGCAGUUGCCUACUGACAGGCCAGCCCAUACCCGGAGGACAAGGCCAGUGGACAUCAGAGAGGUCACUGCAGACGCAAUUGUCAUGGCAGCAGAAGUCUCUUUUGAUGAGGUCAUGCCUAACGCCAGGACUGAACGGCAGCUGCGCAGGCGCCGCCGCAUUCAGAAGAGUGGCCACUAUGGUGACGCUGUUAUCAUUUACCCACUUACUGAGAUAGAAACAGAGUUUCUCAGUGGAAUCGAAGCCGUGCAAGAUCAGGAAGAAGUCUGAAGUUUUAAUUCUCCAAAUAUGAGUUCGAAGGUUAAGUUCCUAUCUUUUUCGUCAUGAAAGCUGCUAAAUCUCAAGUCUACGCCAGUUUAUAUGCCUCUUAAUUUUCAAAUGGCUGUUUUGUCCUAUGUUAUAACUUAAUGAAUCUCAAGUCUACGCCAGUAUAUGCCACUAUGCCAUUUAUGAUGUAAUGUUAAUGACUGCUUGACUAUGUGAUAAUAUGCUCUGAUAUUGUCGGGUUUAAAAGUCAAAAAAUGCUUAUUUCCCUUUGA